UCGUCACGCCGGGGGGGUUUCCUCACGCGUUUUGUCCAUUCAGACCUUGUCUGUCUGAAACUUCGAGAGUCGUGAGCCAUCGGAGGAAUGUCAGGAAAGAAAAGCUUAACCUACAUACGGUGACGAGUGGCUCGGCGGGCUGCCGCUGGGGCGCCUUGGAUGCCAGAAAUGGGACGGGCAUUUCGGCGCCGCCUUCGGUGUACUAACUUUCCGAGCCCCAUGCCUGCAAACAUCUUGAAAGGCGACAUCGAGAACUAUAGAUAUCGAAAAGUUUGGAAAGCCCUCACUGAAAGCCCCUCGCCAUGCCGGAAUAUGAUCCCCAGGAGGAACAGCUGAUACGCAAGCUGGACAAGAAAUUGAUACCGCUAUUGGCCCUGCUAUAUCUUGCGUCACUGGUGGACCGCGGCACCCUCUUCCACGCCCGAGUAACAAACCAUGCAACCGCAUCCGGACUAAAGCACGACCUGGGCGUCAGCGACGACGCAUACGUAGUGGCACUAGUCGUGUAUGGCAUCGCAUCCGUGCUCCUCGUGUUUCCCUCCACGUUCGGUCUGAGGAUGUUUGGCCCCGCGAGGUGGCUGGCAGGCAUUGUUGCGGGAUGGGGGUUUCUUGCGGCUUGUUCGGCGGCUACGUCUACGUUGGCGGGAUGGGUUGUUGUGCAGAUUUUGAUGGGGGCGUUGCAGGCUGGGUUUCUACCCGGGAUACUACUCUAUAUCCUGUCGUUCUACACGCGGGAGGAAUGGGCAUCUAGGAUGUCGUGGGUUGUCUCAUCGGGGACGGUCGCCACCUCGUUCUUCGGUAUCUUUGUCGAUUGGGGAUCACAGUUUGAUGGGGCGAAGGGGUUGCAGACAUGGAAAUGGAUGUUCGUGUGCAGUGGAUUAUUUAGUAUAGUCAUAGGAGCAGUGACGGUCAUGUUCCUUCCCGAUUAUCCACAAACGUGCGCGUUUCUGACUCCAGCAGAUAGAGUCUUAGCAGUAGCUAGAGGGCACGAUGGAUCGGAAGGCGGAGUUCACGAGUCUGAAGAAGAGGAGACUCAACGGCGAAAGUCAGUCACGCCAAGGCUGAAAGGUCCACGCGUGCGAUUCGAUUCAGGGCAGCUGAUCGAAGCGCUAACCGACAAACGAAACUGGCUUUUCGCCUUCGCUUUUUGCUUCAUCUCCGUCGCCAUGGACGCGCUCAUUUCUGUGGGACCGGAAGUCACAGCUACGUCUUUCUCCUUGACCACCCAGUUCCUGGAAACCCACGAGAAGGACCCAAACGCCGUAGAGAACGCCAUCGAAGCGGCAGACGGAACUCGCCAGGCCCGCAUUUUUGCCGCCAUCCCCUACCUGAUCGGCGGCAUCGUCGCCCCCAUCUUCUCCUGGAACUCCGACCGCACCGGCGAUCGCGCCCUCCACGCAACCCUCCCACUCAUGGCCUCCUCGCUAGGGUUCGCGCUACUGGCCUUCGUGCCCGUAACGCUCGCGCACGCCGGGCCAGUGCGCUACUUCCUCGGCUUGCUCCCCGCCACCGCCGGCGUCGUCGCCGCGUACCCAUGCUUGCUCGCUUACGCCCUCGAUAAAGCGCAGGGUGACACCAGCCGCGUUGCCGUCGCCGCUAUCACCUUCUCCAUCGGACAGGCAUUUAGCCCAGCCAUCUCAUCGCCAGGCUCCGUCCUCCUCCGCGAUUCAACAGCUCCGACAGGCCACGCGGUCGGUCUUGGCGUCUGCGCAUGCGGCGUCGCCCUUUCCGCUGCCAGCGUCCUGCUCAUCCGAUGGCUGUACCGCGGUGACGAAACCCAGAUGUGGGGUAAAGGCCCCGCGCUGCGCCGUCUGCUCAAUGAUGAGGAUGAGGAUAAAGCGUGGGGAGUCGAGUUGAGCCAGGCGGACAUGUUCGGGUCCAUUAGUGGCAAGGGAAAGAAGCCGCGCAAGGCGUCCGGGUUUUGGUCUGAUAGGCGCGACUCCAAUGCGGGGAGUGAUUGGGAUUUGAAGGAGUAUGCGUCGACGAAGUAGUAGGUUGGAUAUGUAGUAGCCGUUGGGGGGACCUCGGAAGGAUGGACUGUGCGGCAUUUUGGGGCUUGUAACGUAAUUUUAGACAUUUGAUGAGUUGCGAGGUAUUGCAUAAUAUAACGACUUGCGUCGCUUUUAAACUUGAAGCACCGCAGUAAAGUGAUGCUGGGACGCACACGGAUUAUCCGGGGU